CCUACAUUCCACCACCCACCGCCCCGCGGCAAGAUGGCAGGAUCUCGGGCCAAUCUGGCUGUAACAAAAGAUGGCGAAACCUACAACAAGCUGCAGCGACCGGACAACUUUCUCGAGAAAUCUGCAGUCUUGACCCAGGCAAACGAGCGCAAGCGCGAGCGGGCAGCUGUUGACGGACCUAUCGCGGGCCCAGCCUCCGGUAACAAGCGUGCAAAAACACACCAUACGGACUCGACGGUCAACAUCCUACAGUCCUCCUCCGACAAGCACCAGCACCGUAGUGCCGGGCCAGUUUCAGAGUGUGGCAUGCGCAUGACUCUGCCAAUUGAUGAAGACCAGCACUCGGAUGACUCUUUGGGAGAAGCGCUCGCAUAUCUCCGUAGCGUACGGUCAGAAGCAUCGGCAAUCCCACAUCUACUCGUAGCCUCGAGAACACACGACGAAAACGCAAACAGCAAGUUUCUGCAGACCCCUACUGCUUCUACCAGGCAACGUGCCUUCUAUCAAGAUGGCGCCUGGAUAUCUGUCGAAGAAGGCUACGAAGCAACGUACAACGAUGAUUACGAGCACGACGAUUCGGAUCCGCAGGAGUUAUACCACAAGCAGCUCAUCAAGCGGUUCGAAACCCUCCGCAGCACGCUGAGUGGAUACGGAGCUCGCAGGCUAGCUGAUAAUCCGGACGUUAAGGCGAAUGAGUCAUUGUCUGUAAAACCGCCAUCAAAUCGACACGAAUGGCUGUAUAUACUCGAUCGGGAGUAUCCAACACGGACUCAGAUAUCUCAACUAAACGAGAACAACAUUAGGCGAGGUCUCGAGUAUUGCGUUUAUGCGAUGGAUCGAUUCGACACGAUCUCUAGCCAAAAGAGCUGCUGGAUCUGGGCCUUGCUAGCACUGUCUAGUGACGUUGGGACGCUGGAUUCCCAGAAGAUGAGUCAUAUCAGAGAUCUCGGGAACAAAGCCGGUGAAUUGAGCGCCAAUCUGCAUUCCGAUCUCAAACGUCAGAACAGAGGAGCUGAGGAUGACUUGCUCCGUACAGAUCCAGCAGCUGGUGGGCAAGAUGACGAGGCCGAAGCCGAUGAAACGACCUUUUGCGAUGCCAGCGAAGAUGACCACAGUUCGGAAACGGGGUAUGUACAUUCUGGUGUCAACGAGCACCUGGACUCAACAAGUGAGAUCACGCUCAACAAGUCUCGUUCAGGAACUCGAAAUGACGUGCAGCAUCAAGCCAUAAGCCUAGGAACGUCGGAUAUCCCAACCAGCCUUGAUGGAAGUACUAAUACUGACACGAACGACGAUAUUCUCGAGCGUGCACGUGCGCGUUUGCUUGCGCAGCUCGGCGAUAACCUGGUGCAAGCUGGCAUACCAGCGUCAGCGCUCAACACAGAUGAAACACGCCCACAUCAUAGUGAACAACUAGAUCAAGGCUCAGACGAUCCAUCACAUAAGAUUACCAUCCGCACAAUACCGGCUCGUGCGGAAGCUGAGAGGCAGCGGCAGAUGAUGCGGACCCAGGACUCAGCUAUGGCAAGUCUGAGAGGAGCAGAUCCUCCGCACAGUAAGCCUUCUGCUGCCAUACAUUCUGUUGUCGAGGAUCACAGCUCGUGUUUGGUCGACUUAAACACGAGGGUAACGAUUGACAUGAUCUUGACUGUGGUUGCGGAGUGUUAUGGGCAAAGAGAUUUGCUAAGAUUCCGGAAGCCGUGGUAGGUAUCCACAAAAGGUGGCAUCUUUCAUCUUGUUCGUAUGAUUUCCUCGAUGAAUUUCGCAUCCUAGAUAC